ACCAACACCUGAUGCACAGGGAAGAACAUUUAGUUUGUCAAUAGUCCUUCGCUCUUAAAACCGCAUGCGUAGUGCUCCUGCUCCUGCUGUGUAGUGCUUUUUAUCGAAAUGUGCAGUGGUCUUUUAUAAAACAUGAAGAGAAGACAGCUCUUGGCUGUAUUUCUGGCUGUCGUGGGUAUGUGUGGAACUAUUCUGGUCUGUGCUCUGCCUAUGUGGAAAGUGACUGCGUUCGUGGGAGCCAAUAUUGUGACGGCACAGGUUUUCUGGGAGGGUUUGUGGAUGAACUGUGUUCUGCAGAGCACCGGUCACAUGCAAUGCAAAGCGUAUGACUCCAUCCUGGCUCUGACGCAAGAUCUCCAAGCAGCUCGAGCUUUAAUCUGUGCCUCUAUCGGUGUAAGCGUGGUUGCCAUUGGAUUGACAGUUGUUGGGGCUGAGUGCACUAACUUCUACAGAGAGGAGCGGUUUACCAAAAACAAAUUUGGAAUAACAGCUGGAGCGGUCUUUAUAGUCGCAGAGAGAAGAGGAGAACUGGGAGCUUCGAUCUAUGUAGGAUGGGUGGCCGGUGUUCUCCUAAUCGUAGGUGGUGGAUUACUCACCAGCACAUACUCCAACCGAUGCUGAUACAUCUGUGAGAUAAACUUGAAGUGACUCGGAAAGAUACUUCAGAUUACUGUGUCUGUAACAUGGGAUGGUCUUGUAUCUGGAAGGACAUUUCUCAGUGGCCUUAUUCCAUAUUCAUGAUGCACCAAACCUAAAGACUACUUCAUGCUUACACAACUAUGCCAUAUUGCUUCUAUGUUACAGAUUGAAGAAUUUUUAGCACUCACUUGUGUAAUACAAUGAAUCAUUUUAAUAUAUAUAAAGAAUGUUUCCUUGCUAUUGUAAUAAAAAAUUG